AUCUGCAAUUCUGCAUUGUAGGAUUGUAGUGUAUCCUAUGAUUGUACCUCUGUGUGCCUCUAUGUAGCUUUCGUUGUCAAGGACGCAAUCAAAGCGCGCAGUUGGUAAAUUCAACAUGGCCGAUGAGAAAGAAGUAAAAUUAGAGUUUAUAGACGAUGUUUAUUCGGCGAAAGGACGCUUCUUUUCUACAUCACAACAAAAAAUGCUUCCUUAAGUGGACCGAAUGUUCGAGGUCUUGGAAUAUUUAUGCACCAACAUGAGUUAUAUUUGAACUGGAAUGUGGAAGUAGGUUGAGCAUCUCACUUAAUCAUGAGUUCAAAAGGAGACCUGUUAGUGCGACGUUUAAAAGAGAAAGCGAAAAAGGGACAGCACAAUGUUCUAAGCCAUUGAGUGUAAGGAGUAGUUCCUCCAUUCGUCAUAACGUCAACUCAAGUCUGCAAUCAGAUUCGUCGGGGCUAAGUAUAACAGGAACAAAGACAGCAACAAGCAAAUCGCAUCCAACUAAAAGACAAAGUCUGGAUUUAUCCUUUGAGAAAUCAAGUUCUCAUAGAGUUGUCGAGAAGAAAAAUAAAAAAAAUUCAUCAGAUAUCCAUGGAUUAAAAGAAAUAGCAAAUAUAGAGACAGAUUUUAAUCCAACUUUACAUCAAGUUGAAAAGUUCGAAGCUGAGAAAGAUGAUCCUUGGUGGGAGAAUUUACCUGACGAAGUCUUGUUUAGUCCAUCAUCGUCUUUAUCCUAUGCAUCUUCAAAAUCAGAUCUGUCUAAACCAUAUUUCCUAUCAAGAGAAAAUGAAGUACAACCAACUUUAAAUGAUUUUCUUGACAUGACUGAUGAUUCUAAGACAAAUGUUGCUGACCAAAGUGAAAAUCCCAAGGAUGAUGCUCAAAAUUUUGAAUCCGAUGCCGGGAUAUCUUUAUCAAGCUUGAGUGGAAGAAAAAGUUAUGAUGAAGCAGUUCCUAGAAAUUCUAACUUCAUUCCAAAAUUAGUUCCUAAUGAGAAACCUCAAAGUGUUUUUGGAACUCCAGUAAGAUAUCUGGUCAGGAAAAACCUCAUGAACUGAUAUCAAAUUCAAAAAAGCAAAUUUCACAAAUAGUUCAGAUCACCUAGAAAAGUUUAAAGAAGAACCCACAAAUGAUAUUAAUGCUGCAAAACGUCAUCAUUCUGAAGUUUCAAAUAUCAACAAGAAACAUCCAAAACAGAUUGAAGCAGCAGCUCUUGUUAUUCAGAGAACAUAUCGGGGUUAUCGAAGCAGAUUGCAAGCAGGUUAUUCAGCUGUGCAAAGAGCUUUAAAUGAAAAACGUCUGGAGGUGGAAAAAGUAAAAAAAGUUGAUUGGAAUGUGAGACAACUUCAAGUGUUGAACAACGACGAGAAGAGAAAGCGAAGCAAGCACGUCAGAAAGCUAUUAAAGAACUGAAUGAAAAACGAAUAAGACGAAAGAAGAUCAGAAGAGAAUGGUUGAAGAAGAUUUGAAAUUUCUUGAAGAUAGCGGUAAAGUGAAAACAGCUAAAAAGAAAGCAAUUAAUGAAAUGAAAAAAUCAUCGAAAAAGAUGACUUCAAAACAAACUCAGUUAUCUCGUGAAGUCGAUACAAUCGAGAACGAGUCAAGAUCUUCUAGUGCGAGAUCACUGGAUAUCAAAGUUGAGGAAAUGUUUCAAGAGUCGAGAAAAUCCACUCUACAGACAGACACGAAGCCUGUUGUCGACAACGACAAAUCUGUCGGCAGUACAAGUCGAAGUGUGGCGACUGCUCACAGUGGUACAAAGUCGACUUUGGAUGAACUUUUUGAGUCACUACGGCAACUUGAAGAAGAACCAAACGAUAUAAAGAAACCCACAAAUGAAGCUGCGACGCAAAACCUAUGGCACGAACAUGCUACAAAGCAAACGUUGACGGAGGAUAGUUUGCGGAACUCAACCACCUCCAGUGGCUUGUCUCAAGUUAAACUCAGGACUAUUAUGUCGUUUCUUGACGAAGUCGAGAAGACCGAACAAGACACGGUUGUGAGUCGUGUACAUGAUGCAAACACGUUUCACGAAUCUUCUUCUGUUGCAACAUCCGUGAUGUCACCUGCUGUCAUUGAAAAUGAAAAAGAAAUUGCGCUGUUGGAGUCUGCAUCCGCUGCAGCAUCUGACGUCACGAACGCAAUGAUGUCUGUGAAGGUUGAACUCGAAGAAAAAAAGAAGACGAACGAUUUACUUCAGAGAGCUUUGACGCAACAAAGAGAUUUUACAUUACGUCAAGCUCGCGACAUGGAGAAAGACACAAAACAGAGACUGAACUUACAACGUCAGGAAUACGAAUCAACAAUCCAACGUCAUCUUUCCUUUAUCGAUCAACUCAUUGACGAUAAGAAAAUAUUGAGCGAACGUUGCGAGGAGCUUGUGAAGAAACUUAAAGAAACUGACAAAAAAUAUGUUGAUAAGAUAUCGAAAAUGGAAGAAAGUCAUGCUGCCGAAGUGAAGAAACAAAAAGAUGUUAUGUUGACAGCAGAGAAACUUCGCAGAGAAAAAUGGAUUAAAGAUAAAUCUCAACAGAUUAAAGAGUUGACUGUAAAGGGUUUGGAACCGGAUAUUCAAAAAUUGAUUGCUAAACAUAAGACCGAAAUAAAACGAUUAAAAUCCGCUCAUCAGGCUGAAUUAUUGGAGACAGAUGAACGUGUUGGUCGUAGAUAUCUACAGCAAAUCGAGGAACUUCGUGAUCAGCUUGAAAGAGAAAAAGAAACUGCUUGUAACAGAGAACGAGAGUUAGCACAAAGCAAGUAUCAAAAGCAGAUGGAAGAAGAAGAGAAGGCAUUUCAACAACAACGACGUCGUUUGUACGGUGAAAUUCAAGAAGAAAAGGAAAGACUAGCAAAUCAACUUCUGAAGCAGAGAAAAGAGUUGGAUGAUUUGAAAGAAAAACUUGAGGAUUCUCACAAAACUGCCAUGAAAGAUGUCGAGAGCUCAAGCAAACAAGUAUUGGAAGAAUUAGAAAACAAACAUCAGAAUGAAAUGAAAGAGCUCAGUGAGAGGAUGGAUGUCGAGAAACAACAGUGGAUUGAAAACUACAUGAAAAAGCAGGAUGCAGUCUUACUGCAAAAAGAAAGAGAGUUGAAAGAAAGCGUUAGAGAGUCAAGAGAUAAGGAAAUAGAGUUGGUUAUUCGAAGACUUGAAGAAGAGACGUCCCUUGCGAGAGAUGAAUGCGAAAGAGCUGCCGAGAAUAGAAUUAAGCGUGUUCGUGACAAGUAUGAAACAGAAAUAAAAGACAUCGAGAGUUCGGAGAGAAUAAUGCAUGAAAAAUACACGUCCGCCAAAGAGAAAUCCACUGAACUCGAGGAAGAAUUGUCGAGGUUGAAAAGUUUGUUGAAGAACGAAGAACGAAAAAUGGACGAUUUAAAUAAACUGACAAAACAGCUUCAAGAAGAGAGAGGUCAAGUUGUCGACAUCAUUAGACAGGAGUUCGCCGACAGACUGGUGACAACAGACGAAGAUAAUAAAAGGUUGAAAAUCGAGAUUAGCGAACUUCGUGCGAAACAUCGUCUUGAAAUCGAGAGGAUAAACAGCGCUAAGGAAGAAGAAAUGGAGGAAGUUCAUAAGAGGGUAAAACAAGCCAUUUCUAGAAAAGAAGAAACUUUAAAUUCUCUCAGACAGCACAAAGAGUCUGCCGAGAAGAGAGCAGAUCAUUUGGAGUUUUUACUUCAUGAACAGCGGAAAAAACUGUUAGCAUGACAUCAUGUUCAUGCUGUUCCUAGAUGUUUCUUUAUUGUAGAUAGUUUCGAAUAUAAUUCAAUUUUUACAGAGAAUACUUAUAAUUACUAUAACUAUUGAUAUGAA